AUGUGGGACCAUCUGCCAGGGGGGCGGGCUGGGACUGGUGCGGGCGGGUUGCCAAGUGGAAAGAAAGGAUGCCAGCCGGAGGGUCAAGACAAAUCCGUAAGGUACAAACAAUGGCAUGUAUACCUGAGGCACUGCUACUUGGACUACUACGCUGGGCAGUGCGCCACCUUUGCCAACUAA